AUGCAGUUCACUACCCUGCUCGCUGUCGUCGUGGCUUCUGCCCAGCUGAUCAUGGCUGCUCCCGUCGAGGCGACCAUCGAGACUGCCACGCAGCUCGCUACUACUACAUCUGUUUCUCCUUCUACUGCCGCCGCUACCUCUGCUGCUGUCGUCACGACGUGGCCUUACUUUAUCAAGAACAUCAAUUCUGCACUGUCAUCUUCCUCUUCUGCAUCCACAUCUACUUCUCCCACGAGCUCUGCCGCUGCCGUCACCCAGCAGGCCGCCGUCCAGCAGCGUGGCGUCGACCACGGCAAGAAGCUGACGGACUACCUCGACUACUCCACAAGCAAGGAGGACAAGCUCCCAGAGUGCUGCAAGAAGUGCAUGAUCGAGACCUCUGGCAGGGGAGGCACCUUCGGCCUGACCGUCAACGUCGGUGAGACGACGAUGGGUGACUUCUGCAACUACGAGAUCCGCACCAGCACCUGGCUGCGCGAUCAGGUCCUGCCGUGCACAAACAACGCAUGCGCCUUCGACUACGAGGGCACGACUGCAGCCUCCCAGAAGUGGAUGGGCAACGGGUUUUCUGGGGCGCAGUUGAGAUCCAGCCCCGAGGCCAACAAGGUGCGCCAGCGCCUAGCCAUCAAGGUUCUCGACCCGGGAUUUGCCAUCCAGGUCCUCAACCCAAAGGCACUUGAAAUGCGUAUGGCCAUCAAGGUACCAAAGGCAUAG